AUGACCAACACACUCCGCCACGCCAAAAUCACCCCCCACCUCUCCGCCGCCCGGGGGCAUGCCACCCACGGUGGUUGGCUAGAUACCUACCACUCAUUUAGCUUCGCCGGAUGGCACAACCCCGACUUCACACAGUUCGGAGCCCUGCGGGUGCUGAACGAGGACCGAGUCAAAGGCAACUCAGGCUUCCCCACCCACCCGCACAACAACUACGAGAUCUUCAGCUACGUCCUGUCGGGGGAACUCACCCACACAGACUCAACACAACAAAAGAAAACGACAGGUGACGAAACCCCCGAAUCCGACCUCUUCUGCCGCAUCCGCCGCGGCGACAUGCAGUUCACGACCGCCGGGACGGGGGUCACUCACUCCGAGUACAACUAUGGGCGGGAACCGGUGCACUUCCUGCAGAUCUGGGCGACGCCGUGGAAGCGGGGGCUGGCGCCGCGGUACGACCGGGGCCACUGGGCCGACGACGACAAGCGCGCCGGGUUUGUCAGCCUGCUCAGCCCGCUCAAGGGCGGACCCGACGCGACCCUCGCGCAGGAGAAGGCCGCCGAGCCGAUGAUCCCCGGUACAAUGGCGAUUCAUGCGGAUUUUGUGAUGGCGGCGGGGAUUAUUGCGCCCGGGGGCAGGUUUGAGUGGGUUGUUGGGGCGAAGGUGGGGGAGGCAGCGAAGAGAAAGGUCUAUGUGCACUUGCCCAUGACGAAGGGGGGGAAGGCGAAGAUUAGGUUGGAUGGCAGGGAGGAUGUGCUUGGGGAAGGGGAUGGCGCGUUUGUGGAGGGCGUCAAUGCGGGGGAUAAGCUUGUUGUGGAGAGCGUGGGCGACGCCGAGGCAGAAGUGAUUGUUUUGGAUACUGCGUGA